CUCUAUCCAUCCAUAUCAAACCAAGGAGACCAGCCCCCAAAUUGAGUGGGCAACACACAGAGCUUUGAACCGUGGCUUACUCGUGCAGUUUCAAUACUGAGUUAGGAGCAACAUUUUUUUUUAAGGCUUUUGAAAGAAAUUAUCGAUUUAAAACGAUAUGGUAAAAGGAGAGGGCGCGGAGCAAUAUUCCGCGUCAAAUCUAUUACCAAAAAAAACAAGAAGUCAAGAUGGAAUCAAAAUUGCCAAGUCUUCUCUCCCUAUUCUCCAGCGGCGGGACGAAAGCGGCCGUCUGUCAGUGUGCAGUAAGCUGUGCUAUGCCAUUGGAGGGGCUCCCUAUCAGAUCACUGGCAGUGCUCUGGGCUUCUUCUUCCAGAUCUACCUGCUGGAUGUGGCCCAGCUGGACCCCUUCUAUGCCUCUAUCAUUUUGUUUGUGGGCCGGGCCUGGGAUGCAGUGACAGACCCAACUGUGGGCUUCCUGGUGAGCCGGAGCAGAUGGACCCGGUGUGGCCGGAUGAUGCCCUGGAUCCUCAUCUCCACUCCCUUUGCAGUACUCGCGUACUUCCUGAUCUGGUAUGUCCCUCAAGUGGAGCAGUGGAAGGUCCUGUGGUAUCUGAUCUUCUACUGCCUAUUCCAGUCUCUGCAGACGUGCUUCCAUGUGCCAUACUCAGCGCUCACCAUGUUCAUCAGCACGGACCAGAAAGAGAGAGACUCUGCCACGGCCUACCGUAUGACGGUGGAGGUGCUGGGCACGGUGGUUGGCACAGCGAUCCAGGGGCAGAUUGUGGGUGGGGCGAUCGCACCCUGUCUCCCGGGUGACCUGGAUGUCCUUGACAACAGUAACACCACACUGCUGGGGUCAGACGUCAACAUCUCCCACAUAUCCCUGGAUGACACGAAACGAGCCUACCUCAUCGCCUCAGCAGUCAUCUGUGUCAUGUACGUUCUCUGUGCAGCAGUCCUGUUCCUGGGCGUCAGAGAGCAGGAAGAGUSUGGGCGUCUGAAGACAGAGCCCAUGUCGUUCUUUGAGGGCAUGAGGAUGGUGAUGGGAUAUGGGCCGUAUGUCAAACUGGUCAUGGGAUUCCUCUUCACGUCGCUGGCCUUCAUGCUCCUGGAGGGGAACUUUGCCCUGUUCAUCAGCUACACCAUGGGCUUCAGAAAUGACUUCCAGAACAUUCUCCUGGUCAUUAUGCUCUCUGGGACUUUGUCCAUUCCAUUCUGGCAAUGGUUCCUGACCAGAUUUGGGAAAAAGACUGCAGUCUACAUUGGCAUCACGUGGGCAGUGCCCUUCAUGAUCCUGAUCGUCUGCAUAGAGAGCAGUCUGAUUGUGGCCUAUGUGGUCUCUGUGGCAGCAGGAGUCAGUGUGGCUGCAGCUUUCCUCCUACCCUGGUCAAUGCUCCCAGAUGUGGUGGAUGAUUUCAAAGUGAAGAAUCCAGACUCUAGUGGCCACGAGGCCAUUUUCUACUCCUUCUAUGUCUUCUUCACCAAGUUUGCCUCAGGAAUCUCCCUCGGCAUCUCCACUCUCAGUCUCGAGGCUGUUGAUAUUCAAGACCUACCCCAUCGACGAGGAGAGGAGGCAAGGCAACAGGAAACUACUGCAGGAGAUGCGGGACCGCAAUCAGGAUUCCGAUACAGAGCUUGGGAGCGUUGUGUAGGAGCCCUGGGAGAGGAGGGGGUCCAGCCGAAAGGCCACAACUGUCCCGCGUGUUUGCACUGGCAGGCUGGAGUGUUUUGGGUGUAAUUGGAACUAACAGUAGAAAAACCAGACCACAUUGUGGUUGCUUCCUACCUGAUUCUACAUGAAUGGCCCUAGUCUCCAAAGGAUUCAACAGGCUUAGAGACCCCUAUUGGACAUUCUGAGUCAUCGCUCUCUCUGUGCCCUGUCUAUUGCCUACUGUACUAUGUAUUUGUGGUAUUGGUUUUUGUGUCUGUUUGUUUGCAUAACAAACAUUGGUUUGGGAUUUUUUUUUUUGGGGGGGGGGGGGGCAUUUACCCUUCAAAUCUAUCAUUUGAAUGAUGUUUGUCUACCCGAACCAAGUACUAGGUCAAAGGGUGGGAAGCCUUUCUCAGUAGAGGAAAAAAAUAAGACUUUCCAUCCAGAUAGGAUGGUCCUCAUAGAGGGAAGAUUUCAGUCCUAAUUUUUAGGGCAUACCAGUAACUUGUUCUAUCUAGACUGUGUUUAUAUGGUUACGUUUUAAUGUAAAUAAUUGUCACUUAUCUCGAGUAAUACCUUUCUUUAGGGACGUGGAGAGCACAUAAAAACUGUUCCAUUUCAGACAAUCUCAUCCAUUCCCUGGAAUUAUAUUGGUGUCUUGUYGGGAAAAGGAAUCUUGAAAAAGAAACUCUAACCUUAAUGAACUCAUUAACAUUGCCAAUGAUGUCUGGAUUUCAGACUUACUGUAUCUAGGCUAGCUGAAUUCCACAUUAUUACUGCCUUAACAACACAUCUUGUACUUUGGAAACCUUGUAAUUGCAAUGAGAUUUUCUGUAUAACAGUUUUACUAAAUUCUAUUUGGUCAAAGUUGUUUCUCUCACACGGUGCCAAGAAUUCCCUUUUUUAAAGGUUGACUGAGCAGAACAGUCCAACUUUGCCAUUGGCAUAUUGACUGCAGGAAUUUCCAACUGAGCUGUUGCCAGAGUAUUUACUGUUAUUUUCUCUACUAUAUGCCGCCUCCAAUGUUAUUAGAGAAUUUGGCAAUACAUCCAACCGGCCUCACACCCGCAGACCCCAUCCCAGGAUCUCAACAUCCGGCUUCUUCACCUGCGGGAUAGUCUGAGACCAGCCACCUGGGCAGCUGAUGAAACAGAGGCGUAUU